CCUCUACCAAGUGCCCUCCUCGAACAGCAAGUCAGCAACGUCGCAUGCGGAAUUCCUGAGGUGAAUUCGUGCUGUUUUAAAGAUGACAUCGCCUAAGCAUGUUCGUCCUAAGAGGUCUGUGAGCUCAAUCGGCUCACGAGCGUCUUUGAACGAUUACCUUGCCAGUUCAGUCAUGAGUCACGACAGCAUUUUUGAUGGUCCGGGUUUGGGAACUAGUGUUCCUUCAAGCGUCUCAAGCUUUAAUCGUAGGUCUCGCUAUGGUUCUGAUGCGAGUGUUAGUCAGUUCAGUGUGGAUUAUUUACAGUCAGAGUACAAUAUGAGCCGGUACGAUGCAGAAUCCGUGGCGGCAAUGAGUAUGGAACCUCGUUCACAUAUCCCCAAGUCUACGGGAAGUGCGUACAGUGACGAGGAAGAAUUAACUGAAAUGAUGAUGGAAGAAUUGAAUACUCAUCCAGUCCUUCUUCGUGAAGACUAUGCUGACGAAAACGACAAACGCACAUACCAAGCUGUGUACCUGAUUGACGAAGACUUGGAGAUUAUGAUUGCCGGUUUUAAAACGGAUAAGACUCGUUUGUAUGUGUAUCGAGUCUUGUGUGUACUUAGCUUUGGUCUUCUGUACCUCUUGUUCCGUUGGAUGCCCAGAUGGUAUGUUAAGUAUCUGGGAAAAUCAGAACCGUUUGCUUCUGCGGAUUGGUUGAGCGUUGAAACACAAUGGGGGGAGUUUUCUAUCCAUAAUCUUCAAACACAAUUCUACGAGAACUCUCUCUCAACAGUUUUUGGUGCUUCCAUUCGUGUUUCAUCUCUGAAAGACAUUGAUACCGAUCCAUUUGUUGAUUCGUUCCGUUACGUUUCUUAUCGCUACACGAAAUUCAUUUACCAUCCAUUGUUAGACUGUUUCUUGCUCCAAAAAGAUUGGAAAGAUCCAAAAUGGAUUCGUGGAACAGAAAAUGUUAAGUCCGGUUUGGAACGUGAAGCCAUUAAUGACAGACUUAAAGUUUUCGGUAACAACGAUAUCGACCUUAAAGUGAAGAGUGCUGGUCAACUACUUGUCGAUGAAGUUCUUCACCCUUUUUACAUCUUUCAGGUUUUUUCCAUUGUUUUGUGGUGCAUGGAUUCGUACUAUUACUAUGCUGUUUGUAUCCUGUUGAUUUCUGUAAUUAGUGUUUUGAACAGUCUCUUCGAAACGCAAAAGACCAUGAAGCGAAUGCGCGAGAUGUCACGUUUCGUUUGUUCUGUUCGCGUGUAUCGUGAUGGUUUCUGGACUAGUAUUUCUUCCACUGAUCUUGUCGUCGGCGAUGUUUUUGAACUCUCUGAUCCAGAGUUGACGACGCUGCCUUGCGAUGCUCUACUUCUUACGGGCGACUGUGUGGUCAAUGAAAGUAUGCUUACCGGUGAAUCAGUACCAGUUUCUAAGUUACCGACCACGGAUCAAGGCAUGCACGAAUUGUUUAACUUUAACGAUUCCGUUCCUGCUUCUUUGGCUAAACACUUUUUGUUUUGCGGAACCAAGCUGAUUCAGGUUCGUAAACCCUAUGUUAAUGGAAAGGAAGAGGGUACAUCACUUGCUAUGGCCGUUCGAACAGGUUUCAAUACCACUCAGGGCGCCCUGGUCCGUUCUAUGUUGUUCCCCAAACCUGUUGGUUUCAAGUUUUAUAAGGAUUCUUUUCGCUUCAUUAUUGUUAUGUUUGGUUUCGCACUCCUCGGCUUUGUCACGUCUUCGGUUCAGUUUGUCAGGUUGGGAGUACAUUUCCGCACCAUUUUGUUCCGUGCUUUGGAUUUAGUCACUAUUGUUGUUCCUCCAGCAUUGCCCGCUACAUUGACUAUUGGUAUCACUUUUGCCGUUUCACGUUUGCGUAAAAAGGGCAUCUUUUGUAUAAGUCCACAACGGGUUAAUGUUAGUGGUAAGCUGGAUGUGAUCAGUUUUGACAAAACAGGUACUCUUACCGAGGAUGGUCUUGAUAUCCUUGGUGUCUUGUGUGUUGAUGACGACAAGCUUGGAGAAAUGCGUACCGGCGUCAACGACUUAUGCUCGAAGGAUCUCAUGUCAUUUGAUUGUCCUUCUGGACUUCUUUACACAAUGGCCACUUGCCAUAUGCUCCGUCUAGUUGACGGUGAAUUACUUGGUGACCCCCUUGAUGUUAAAAUGUUUGAGUUCACCAAUUGGGCAUACUCUGAGGAAAACUCAAGUUCAAAGAAAAACAACAACCGGUUAGAAGAUACUGCCGCAAUUAGAGCUCAACAUUUGGCCCCUCCUACUGUAUCUCCUCCUUGGGCAUCAGAUUACUCCAGUAUGGCCGAAUCUGACCUUGAGUUUGGCUUGAUUAAAACUUUUGAAUUCGUUUCAAAUCUCCGAAGAAUGUCUGUCAUUGUUAAGCAUGGAAGUGCUAAGCAAUUUAGCGUUUACGUGAAAGGAGCACCCGAAAUUAUGCCCAGUGUUUGUAAACCCGACUCGUUUCCAGAGAAUUAUCAAGAAACUUUGGAUUAUUAUACGCACAAUGGUUUUCGUGUUAUCGCUUGUGCAAUGAAGAAAUUGGAUAAUUUCAACUGGGCAAAGGCUCAGAAGAUGAAGCGUGAUCAGGCAGAAUCCGACUUGACCUUCUGUGGUUUUAUCAUUUUUGAGAAUAAGUUGAAAUCCACUACAUCAGGUGUUAUUCGCGAGCUUAACGAUGCUAACAUCAGAACUGUUAUGUGUACGGGAGAUAAUGUUCUUACUGCAAUUUGUGUUGGUAGGCAAUGUGGUAUUUUGCCAGAAGAUGGUUUGGUUUUCAUCCCUCGCCUUGUUGAGAAUGCUGAUUCUGAAGAAGGUGAUACUACUGUACUUUGGGAGGAGAUUGGACAGAAUGGUCUUACUUUAGAUCCCAAAACACUUGUUCCUAAUCCAUCUCCUGAGGAAACAACCCUAAGCAUUCCAACGGAAUUACACAAACUUAAAAAUUACCACAUUGCGAUUACAGGUGAUGUUUUCCGUUGGAUAGCCGCGAACUCCCCUGCAGAGCUAUUUAAUAAGCUGUUACUCAAGGCUCAAAUUUUUGCUCGUAUGUCUCCUUCAGAAAAGCACGAACUCGUAUCAAAUUUGCAAGCGCUUGAUUACUGUGUUGGUUUCUGUGGUGAUGGUGCAAAUGAUGUUGGUGCCUUGAAGGCUGCGAAUGUUGGUAUCUCACUUUCAGAAGCCGAGGCGUCUGUUGCCGCACCCUUUACGAGCAAAUCUUUCGACAUCUCAUGUACUUUGGAUGUUAUUAAGGAUGGUCGUGCUGCCUUAGUCACAAGCUUCAGCUGUUUUCAAUAUAUGGCAUUGUACUCUGCCAUUCAAUUUACUACAGUAAGCAUUCUUUACAUGACAAACUCUAAUUUGGGUGACUUUCAAUUCCUUUAUAUUGACUUGUUCAUUAUUCUUCCUAUGGCGAUCUUUAUGGGCCGGUCUCGCCCUUACCACCGGCUUUCACGUAAGCGCCCUACUGCAAAUCUUGUUUCAAAACGCAUUCUUGCACCACUUUUUGGGCAAAUCAUUUUGUUGGUUGUUGCACAGCUCGUCGUGGUCCACGUUGUUCGGCAGCAGCCUUGGUACAUUCCUCCCGAACAUAUGGAGGAAGGUUCAAGUAUCUUUAACAGCGAUGUAACAUCUUUGUUCUUGGUAACAUGUUUCCAAUACGUUUUUAUUGGUAUCGUCCUUACAGUUGGUCCACCCUACAGAGAACGUCUCUUCCGUAAUGUUUCUUUCGUUAUCACUAUUUUGGUGCUUAUUGUACUUAAUUCUUGGUUGGUCCUCGGAGGCGAUAAUCAAAAGAUCCUUACUAAGUUGCUUCAAAUUUCACCCUCUUCACUUUCGUUUAAACGAUUCAUCUUCGCGGUAGCUGCUGUGUACUAUGUUCUUUCUGCACUUGGUCAAGACAUCUUCUUUGUCUUCUUAAUCAAAAAAGCAACUGUAUUUGUUAACAAAAUGCUUGGAAGACCGGCCAAGGUGUCGAAGAAGUUAUACAAGCGCCUUCUCCGCAAUCAGGAACCUCUGAAAUAAUUUCGUUCUUUUUCAUUCAGCUGCUUUCAUAAAGGUUUUGUGUAUUGUCGUUUCAUAGUUACCAGAGUUUUAUACUUUUUGAAUUUAGAUCAUUUUUCUUAAUACAGUUUGAUUUUGAAAUUGGUU